AUGGCGGCACCGCUGAGCGACGGGGAGCGUCGGAAGCAGAUCAGCGUGCGGGGCAUCGCGGGGCUGGGGGACGUGGCCGAGGUGCGCAAGAGCUUCAAUCGCCACCUCCACUUCACCCUCGUCAAGGACCGCAACGUCGCCACCCCCCGCGAUUAUUACUUCGCGCUGGCUCACACGGUGCGCGACCAUCUGGUGGGUCGCUGGAUCCGCACCCAGCAGCACUACUACGAGCGGGACCCCAAGCGCAUUUACUACCUGUCCCUGGAGUUCUACAUGGGUCGCACUCUGCAGAACACCAUGGUGAACCUGGGCCUGCAGAAUGCUUGUGAUGAAGCCAUUUACCAGCUGGGUUUGGACUUGGAGGAGCUGGAAGAAAUUGAAGAAGAUGCUGGACUGGGAAAUGGAGGCCUGGGCCGCCUGGCAGCCUGUUUCCUGGACUCCAUGGCCACACUGGGGCUGGCAGCUUAUGGUUACGGCAUCCGCUAUGAGUUUGGGAUCUUCAACCAGAAGAUUGUCGAUGGUUGGCAGGUGGAGGAGGCGGACGACUGGCUGCGCUACGGCAACCCCUGGGAGAAGGCUCGCCCCGAGUACAUGCUCCCCGUGCACUUCUACGGCCGUGUGGAGCACACUCCCGAGGGGGUGAAGUGGAUCGACACCCAGGUUGUCCUUGCCAUGCCUUAUGACACCCCAGUGCCUGGAUACAAGAACAACACUGUGAACACCAUGAGACUCUGGUCUGCCAAGGCGCCAAAUGACUUCAACCUCCAGGAGUUCAAUAUGGGUGACUACAUUGAGGCAGUGUUGGACAGAAACCUGGCAGAAAACAUAUCCAGAGUCCUGUACCCGAAUGAUAAUUUCUUUGAAGGCAAGGAGUUGCGGCUGAAGCAGGAGUACUUUGUGGUGGCUGCCACCCUCCAGGACAUCAUCCGGCGCUUCAAGUCCUCCAAAUUUGGCUGCCGAGACCCUGUGAGAACGUGCUUUGAAACCUUCCCAGACAAGGUGGCUAUUCAGCUAAAUGACACCCACCCUGCCCUGUCCAUACCAGAGCUCAUGCGGAUCCUGGUGGACGUGGAGAAAGUGGACUGGGACAAGGCCUGGGAGAUCACCAGAAGGACCUGUGCCUAUACCAACCACACCGUGCUGCCUGAAGCCCUGGAGCGCUGGCCGGUCUCCAUGUUUGAGAAGCUGCUCCCGCGGCACCUGGAAAUCAUUUACGCCCUCAACCAAAUGCACCUCGAUCAUGUGGCAGCUCUGUACCCGGGGGACAUCGACCGCCUGCGGAGGAUGUCGGUGAUCGAGGAGGGAGACUGCAAGAGGAUCAACAUGGCUCAUCUCUGCGUCAUCGGCUCCCACGCCGUCAAUGGUGUGGCCCGCAUCCACUCUGACAUCGUGAAGAACUCGGUGUUCAAGGAUUUCUAUGAGCUGGAGCCAGAAAAGUUUCAGAACAAGACCAAUGGGAUCACGCCGAGGCGCUGGCUCCUGCUGUGCAACCCAGGACUGGCUGACAUUAUUGCUGAGAAAAUUGGGGAAGGCUUUAUCACAGACCUGAGCCAGCUGAAGAAGCUACUGGAGUUCAUUGAUAAUGAGACUUUCAUCAGGGACGUGGCAAAAGUCAAGCAGGAGAACAAGUUGAAGUUUGCAGCCUACUUGGAGGAGCAGUACAAGGUGAAGAUCAACCCGAUGUCCAUGUUUGAUGUCCAGGUGAAGCGAAUCCAUGAGUACAAGCGGCAGCUGCUGAACUGCCUGCACGCCAUCACCCUCUACAACCGCAUUAGAUGUAAUCCAUCCAAAUCCUUUGUGCCCAGGACCAUUAUGAUCGGAGGAAAGGCAGCCCCUGGCUACCACAUGGCCAAGAUGAUCAUCAAACUCAUCACAUCCAUUGGUGAGGUCAUCAACAACGACCCCUAUGUGGGAGACAAGCUCAAGGUCAUCUUCCUGGAGAACUACCGGGUAUCCUUGGCUGAGAAGGUGAUCCCAGCAGCGGAUCUCUCCCAGCAGAUCUCCACAGCUGGCACGGAGGCCUCAGGUACUGGCAACAUGAAGUUCAUGGUGAACGGGGCCCUCACCAUUGGUACCAUGGACGGGGCCAACGUGGAGAUGGCUGAGGAGGCAGGCGAAGAAAAUCUCUUCAUAUUUGGCAUGCGGGUGGAGGAUGUGGAGGCCCUGGAUCGGAAAGGGUACAGUGCUCGGGAGUACUACGAGAGCCUGCCUGAGCUGCGCCAGGCCAUUGACCAGAUCAGCAGCGGCUUCUUUUCCCCUCGAGACCCUGGCUGCUUCAAAGAUGUUGUGAACAUGCUGAUGCAUCACGACAGGUUCAAGGUGUUUGCAGACUAUGAGGCCUACAUUAAGUGCCAAGGGCAAGUGGACCAGUUGUUCAUGGAUCCCCGUGAAUGGACGAGGAAAGUCAUCAGGAACAUUGCGUGUUCGGGCAAGUUCUCCAGUGACAGAACCAUCACGGAGUAUGCCCGUGAGAUCUGGGGGGUGGAGCCUUCUGCCACAGCAAUCCCCCCACCCAACCUGCCCCGAAACUGA